UUUUCCCGGCGGCUGCCGAAGAUGGCGGAGGGGCAGGUCCUGGUGCUGGAUGGCCGCGGCCACCUCCUGGGCCGCCUGGCGGCCAUCGUGGCCAAGCAGGUGCUGCUGGGCCGCAAGGUGGUUGUCGUACGUUGCGAGGGCAUCAACAUCUCUGGCAAUUUCUACAGAAAUAAGCUGAAGUACCUGGCCUUCCUGCGCAAGCGAAUGAACACCAACCCCUCCCGGGGACCCUACCACUUCCGGGCCCCCAGCCGCAUCUUCUGGCGGACCGUGCGAGGCAUGCUCCCCCACAAGACCAAGCGUGGUCAGGCCGCCCUGGAGCGCCUCAAGGUGUUUGAUGGCAUCCCGCCCCCCUACGACAAGAAAAAGCAGAUGGUGGUGCCUGCAGCCCUCAAGGUCGUGCGCCUGAAGCCCACGAGGAAGUUUGCCUACCUGGGACGCCUGGCUCACGAGGUUGGCUGGAAGUACCAAGCGGUGACGGCCACGCUGGAGGAGAAGAGGAAGGAGAAGGCCAAGAUGCAUUACCGCAAGAAGAAGCAGCUCAUGAGGCUACGGAAACAGGCCGAAAAGAACGUGGAGAAGAAGAUCAACAAGUUCACAGAGGUCCUCAAGACCCACGGCCUCCUGGUCUGAGUCCAAUAAAGACUUUGUUGCUCAAAAAAAAAAAAAAAAAAAA